CGUAAAGCCCCCUUAAGCUUCUUUUGGAGUCUAGAUAACAUCACCACGCCGAUGAUAUCUGAUAUCGAAGUCGUAGAAUUUAGUAUGAGAUAUCCGGCGUCUAUUCGUUUCUAUUCGUUUCGGCGGUCAAGUUCCCCGAAUUAUUGCGAAAGCGUAUGGCAAGCUAGGCGAUGGCAAGGGUCGAGUUGCAUUCAGUCUUCAAUACGAGGUUUUGAGGGGAUGUUAUAGAAGAUAGCACCACUCCACAGGCGUUGCUAUUUGCCGAGCCGGUCUUGGCUUGCGAUUAAUAGGAAGCUGAUAACUUGUUCUGGCUAAAAGCUCGUGUAUACUCGUGUAUAUAAAGCCUCGACAAACUUGCGAUUGAAAGACACGAAAUACGAUAGUUUUACCACGCCAAACAUUAUCCUAGUCGAUUAGACGUGAUCAUAUCAUAUCUAUCUCAAAGGCUUCCAAAAUGCGUGUUCCUACCAUCGCAACUCUCGCUACUAUCGUCGCGUUCGCGACUUCGACUCCUACGCCUCAAGCAGACCCCCCUGAGACCGAUCUUUGUCUCCAGCGAAAGUUCUUGUCAGCAAACUUAUGUACAGACAUCGACUCUACAUACACCAAUGCGACUUUGCCAGGUCUUGGUUGGUAUUGUUGUUGGCACCAAGGGCCAUUCGCGCCUCCACCAGCUUUGCCCGUGUCGGCCUGGUUGACGUUUGCGGAGGACGGCUCAGUUGCAAAUCGUUGCUUGACUAGUGGAACUUGUGAAGCAGGUUUACCUGAUGGUCGUAGCUAAAUUAGAAGAAUACUAUCAAAAUUCAGAAGGUAUAUGAUAGGAAAAGCGUAUGGAAAGCUUUAUCUAUUUUACUAGUGAUGAUGAUAGAAAUGCUACAUGUUGUGUUUAA